AUGCUAGAGUUGCCAGUCGAUGUGAAUGAAGUGCCCGUUAAUUUGGUGGAAAUACCGCGCACGAACAUCCUGGCGCAUAUUCCAUUCUUUCGCAACUUUCUACGCGCAGUGCGUCCGAAUGCGCACGUCGGCCGAAAAUCCGAUUAUCGCAGUGAGUUCGAUGAGAACUAUAUCAACUAUCACGGCGCUCAGUUGUGGAAGGUCAUAUUUAAUGCAACGCGCAAACGCAGCAGCGACAACAAACGCACGGAAAUGAUGCAGACUUUUGUGGAGAAAUUCGAUUUGCGCUUAAUCGGUCUUCGAACCGAGUUUAUUUGGUCAGUAGUCGAAAACGCCGCGUGCACGUUGGAACUUAUACCCGGUUUUCCAUCCGCGCUCAUUUCGAGUGAUGAAUUGUAUGAGAAUACAGUGGAGAGUUUACAGUGGCUGGUGCCGAUGGACAUACGACAACUUAACAUUUUCUCACCGCAAUCUUCGUAUCAGAUUAACUUGCGAUAUCGCAAUAGUAGCUCGGUGAAGCGCUAUCCCGGUUAUCAGUUAUGGAAGAUACAUGAAAACAAUAUUGAAAAUAAAGUGCUCAGAACGUUUUGGCGACUUUUCGGCACUGAGGUAUGGAAUAUAAAUCAAGAUGGCAUCGAUGUCUUAAUUGACUAUAAGAAUACGGCUAAAGCCAAAGAGUUCAUAGCGAAAACAGAUUUCACCUACAAUAUAAUGAUCGACGAUAUUGAAACGGCGAUCGAUGAGACUUAUACGGAAGUGAAUAACAGCAAUGCAAACAUGCCGUGGUUAGAUAGAGACAGCACAAUAUUGAAUUGGAAUCGUUACCACGAUAUUGGUGAUAUACAGCAGUUUUUGCAGCACAUUUUGGAAACAUAUCCAGAUUUGGCGGAGAUAGUGCAAAUCGGUGUGACGCACCACAAACGACCGUUGGAAGUGCUGCGCAUCUCCAAUGGCAACCCCAAGAACUGGGCUAUCUUCAUUGACGCCGGCAUGCAGGCACGCGAUUGGCUGAGUCCCGCCGCGCUUACACUCGCCAUUUCGAAGCUAACUUGGCUGUGGGACAAGGAGCCGUCGGUUAUGCAUAACAUAGAUUGGUACUUCUUGCCCGUGGCGAACCCGGAUGGUUAUCAGUACGCACGCAUCACCGAUCGUCUGUGGACGAAGAACCGCUACUUCGACAGUCAAACCGGUUGUUAUGGCGUCAAUUUGAAUCGCAACUACGACUAUCAGUGGGGUGGUGCGGGUUCAUCCGAAAAUCCCUGCAAGAACCUGUUCAGAGGUCCGAAAAAAUUCUCCGAACCGGAAACGAAGGCGAUACGUACCUUCAUGCAUAAUAUGCGUGAGUUUCUGGGCGCAUACGUUUCGUUCGGCGCCUAUGGCCAGGCAAUCGCCUAUCCGUGGGGUGAUGCGGACUACGUGACGGACAACCAGCGCAAGCUGCACAAUGUAGCGCGACGUGCAAUGUUGAACUUUCGCAAAUUGAAUCAAGCCGAGUACCGUGUGGGCACCAGCUAUCGACUGAAAUUGGCACGCGCCGGCAACUCGGCCGACUGGGUGCAGCAACGCGUUAAUCCCCAAUACGUUUACAAUGUAUUUCUGAAGGACCAAGGGCGCUAUGGGUACUUGAUGCCGCCGCAUUACAUUGUCGAAUCGGGCGAGGAGGUUUACGAAUUUAUGAAGACAAUAGCGGCGGCGCUGAAUUGA